GUUUUGCCAUUCAUCUCCCAAACGAGCAAGUGCAUGGAUUUCCUCUUCGAAUUUUUCCUUCUCACAACAAGUGGAUUAGAAAAAAAUAAAUGACUCAAAUAAAACCAAUUAAAUAUCAUUUAAUUUAACAAAAUGCAUUCAAUUUAAAUCCAUCCGGUCUUGCGAAAUAAUUUAAUCAUCAUUUCAUAAAGUGUUUUAUUUAAAAAUCUUAAAAAUUUCAACAUUUUCUGCCAAACUUUCACUCUUCCUUCGUUGGACUAAGAAAAAAAAGUCUUGUAGUACAAGAAAUAUACACAAAAAUCACUUAACAAUCUUUGGAACCUAUAAAUCCACAAAAAAGAAGCAAAAAAUACCAAAGACAAAAAAAAAAACAUGAGUGGAGACGAAAAAAUAAUCCGUGUUGGAUCUAGAAAAAGUGAAUUGGCAUUAAUUCAAACAAAACAUGUGAUUGCCCGAUUGCAGAAGAUCUUUUCUCAUCGAAAAUUUGAAAUUCAUACCAUGUCAACAAUUGGCGACCGAGUACUAAACAUAUCAUUGCCAAAAAUUGGUGAAAAAUCUCUCUUUACCCGUGAUUUGGAGGAUGCUCUUCGCAAUGGCGGUGUUGACUUUGUUGUCCAUUCACUCAAAGACCUUCCGACAGCUUUACCAACAGGAAUGGCCAUCGGUGCUGUUCUAGAGAGAGAUGAUGCCCGCGAUGCACUUGUAUUGAAUGAAAAGUUCAAGGGAAAUACCAUCAAAACACUGCCCAAAGGAAGUAUAAUAGGAACAUCUUCCCUUCGACGAACCGCACAAAUUCGACGAGAAUACCCGCAUCUAGUUGUGUGCGAUAUUCGUGGCAAUCUAAAUACCCGUUUGGCGAAAUUAGACGCUCCAGGGUCGAAAUUUGCUGGCAUUAUACUUGCUCAAGCUGGUCUUGUGCGCAUGGGAUGGAUGAAUCGCAUAAGUCAGAUUCUCGAACCUUCUGAUUUAUUGUAUGCUGUUGGUCAAGGAGCUCUUGCUGUAGAGUGCCGAUCAAAUGACGAAGAAAUCCUUAAAAUGCUACAAGCUCUUGUUUGUCUACCAACAACCUGUCGUAUUUUGGCAGAACGUAGCUUCCUCAAGACACUCGGAGGUGGAUGCAGUGCUCCAGUUGCUGUCUGCUCAACUUUAAAUGGAUGUCUAAGUGAUGACAAUACUGGGGCAGGUUUAAAAGUACUCGGUGCAGUAUGGAGUUUAGAUGGAACUAUAGAAAUUCGAAAUGAACUUUCCUGCUCUCUAGAAUUAGAAAGACAUAAGUGCGAUAUCAAUGCAAAUGAUGAUGGUUCGCCGCCAAAAAAACGAGCACGGAAAGAUGGUAGUGAAAGUCCGGAAAGUAAACGAGCCAGUCCUAAAGUCAUAAAUGAUGAUUUGAACUCUGGUCUUCUUGAAAAGUUCACCGACAUCCAGCAGCUAAUAAGUAUUCAUGGAGAACUCUUCAAAAAGUGUCCGUUUAGUGCGGUGCAUUUGAAGAAUCGUGAAGAAAACGGCAAUUCAACUACGACAAAAGCAAUAAAAGAUGAGUGUCCUUUGAAAAUUCCAGUUGGACAAGAUUUUAUGGGACAGUGUCCAUAUGUGGAUACAGAUGUUAAAGUAAAUGCAGCUGAAAUAUGUCCAAUUACUGGAAAUACACCGCCUGCUGAAACUGUAGACUGUGCGCCCAGCAGCUCUAGCAAAUGCCCAUUUGGUGGGGCCAAACAAACUACAACCACACUGCCUGGUCAUGACAGUUGUCCGUUCCUACAAAAGACAAUAAAAAUGUUCGAUUAUGGUGAUGAACAGAAACCCCAAUCGACAGAGGUGCUUCCAGUGCUAACCGAUGACACAGUGAAUUUAUUCUGCGGACUGUUUCGUCACAAAUGCUACGACUAUGAAUUGUAUGCGAAAAGUGAAAAGCUUGGACAAGCUUUAGCCGAUGAUUUGAUAAAUAAAGGUGCUUUGGAAGUGAUGAAGUGUGCACAAGAUGAGAUUCAUAGUAAAGUGUCAUAAGGGAAUUAAUGACAGCAUCGAAACUAGUAAAUUAAAUAUCAUCAUUAUUCCUCGCCCAGUUGUUGGUGCUGGUUUUUUUAAAUAGCUGUAACAGCUGUCCUGGUUCAGGGUAUCAUCAGAAUCAUCAGAACAUCAGAAAUACGAAAAAAGAAACAUCCCGCCCUUCAAUUCUCUUUUGCAAUUCAUUGUUAAACAUGUUUGUUAUAUAUUUUUUUCAUAACAAAGACUUUAUUCGUUAUCAUUAUUUUGUCUGUUUAGUGAAAAUGCUUAGUUAAUUUUCAUCGUUGUACAAUAUUUUUUUUUAUUUAUGUUUUUUUCUUUCAUGAAAGAAAAUCAGAGAAUUUUAAGUAAAAUAUGUUUAUAAAAAAAUAAAAAUCAAAAAACAAAUUUUCCUUUGUACAUUUGCAUUGUACAUUAAGCCUGAUGUUAUGUUUGUCUAUGAGAAAAGUGGAACAAUAAUAAAUAUAAGUGUUCAUAGCGAA